AUGGAUGACCAAGCAUGCCCUCGCUGUAAAACAACAAAAUACAGAAAUCCUUCAUUGAAAUUAAUGGUCAACGUUUGUGGACAUGCUUUGUGUGAAAGUUGUGUUGAAUUAUUGUUCCUUAAGGGAUCUGGCUCUUGCCCUGAUUGUAAUGUGCCUCUUCGUCGAAGUAAUUUUCGUGUACAGUUAUUUGAAGAUUCAAUGGUAGAAAAAGAGAUUGAUAUAAGGAAGCGCAUUUUAAAAGAUUUUAAUAAGAAAGAAGAAGACUUUGCAACCAUAAGAGAAUAUAAUGAUUAUUUAGAGGAUAUAGAAUCAAUAAUUUUCAACUUAGUGAAUAAUAUUGAUAUAAUUAACACCAAUAAAAAAAUAGACCAGUAUAAAAAAGAUAACAAAGAGUUAAUUAUGAAAAAUAAAGCAAAAAUUGGUAGGGAAGAAUUAGAAUUAGAAGAAAUAUUAGAAAUAGAGAAACAAAUGGAAGAUUUAAGGAGAACAGAAGUAUUAAGAAUAGAUCAAGAAGCUAAAAAACAGAAAAUAAGAGAAAAAGAAGCAUUAAUUGAUGAAUUAAUGUUUGCUGACGGGGAUGCUAAGGAUAUAUUAAACACGUUCUCACAAAGUUUAGCAAAUAAACAAGAAGAAAUUGUACCUGUUCCAGUGCCUAAAGUUACACAUUUCUCUAGCGGAGUAAAAUUCACAAGAGGGUCUGGUCAACAACCAUUGCCUAUAAUAGAAGAAGGUCCACUGUACAAAUAUGAACCAUUGGCAAUACCAGACAGAUGUGGACCAGCCACACCAUCGAUUCAGGAAAUUAUUAGUAAUGGGUAUUUGCAACAUGUCAGAGCAGAGAAUGAAACAGAGAAAGCCGGUGGCUAUAAAUCAACACUGCCCUGCUUACGAGCUCUUCAAGAUGCACUAGCGGGGUUGUACCACACAAGUUGA